AAUGCAAAGUAGGCAUUCAGUGAUUUGGCAUUCUGACUUCCUCAUUCAGACAGGAAUCAAUAAAUAUGACACUUGAAAUAUUUUACGUUUUUCUCCAGGAAUACGGGGUGCUCUACAUUCAAGAAUACAGAAAAAACAGCAAAGUGGAGUCAAGUACAUGUGACAACUUCAUGGGCUUGAAGGAUCACCUGGGGCAUGACCUUGGUCGCCUUUAUGUGGAGAGCAUUGACCCACAGUUGAGUGCAGCUGUACCGUGGCCAAUGAUAGGAAAACCAACAAUGGAUACAGUUAAUGCCAGGAAGGAGGGAAAAAAGGUAUCUGAAGAGGAUGUGAGCUCUGGCGACUCUGAAGAAAGCACACACUCUGAUCAGGAGUCAGAACAAUUGAGUAGCAUUUCAGUAGAGCCAUGCUUCUUAACCAAGACUCACAGACAGUUAUGUAGGUCUCCCUGCCUAGAGCCUCGCCUGCUCAAACACAAUGAAAUUUUGCAAGACUUUAAACUCGAGGAGUCCCAGGCUCCAUCCAAGGAAGUGAAGAAACCCCCAGAUGUGGUUCGAGAAUACCAAACAAAACUGGAGUUUGCACUUAAGUUAGGUUAUUCUGAAGAACAGGUUCAGCUUGUGCUAAACAAACUUGGUACUGAUGCUUUAAUCAAUGAUAUUUUGGGCGAACUUGUCAAACUUGGAAAUAAAAGUGAGGCUGAUCAAACGGUUAGUGCUGCUAACAGUGUGAUGCGGGAAGCAUCACCCCUGGAGUCGCAGAGGUCUGAAUCCCCAACGCGAGAGACUGUAGCAGAUGAUGGUGAAAAUCUGAGACCGGUAGUUAUUGAUGGCAGCAACGUGGCGAUGAGCUUCUUGGUGGAAUGUUUUUUUGCCCCAACUUACUAUAAAGCCUUAAUUAAAGGACAGCUCAAUUUCCCUACAG